CGGCUUGCCAUACACACGGCCACGGUGGAGAGGGAGCGGUUACGCGGGCACGCACAGUCUAUGAACGCGCACAGGUAGAUUUCUAUUAUCAGUGUUCAGGUAAACCUGGAAAUCACAGUCGCGAGACUCGAAGUGGCACGUUUAAAGGGGUAUUCACCAAUAUGUCAGCCCGAUCAAGACCUGGCUAUUAUCGCCAGGAGGUGAAUAAAACUGUUUGGGAGGUGCUGGAGAGAUACAGAGAUCUGAAACAGGUGGGGACAGGGGCAUAUGGUACAGUAUGCUAUGCAGUUGACCGGAGGACAGGGGCAAAGGUGGCCAUCAAGAAACUCCAUCGUCCCUUCCAGUCUGAUCUGUUUGCCAAAAGAGCUUAUCGGGAGCUCAGGCUACUCAAACACAUGAAACAUGAUAAUGUUAUUGGACUCCUGGAUGUUUUCACUGCAGACCUUUCUCUAGACAGAUUCCAUGACUUUUACUUGGUCAUGCCUUUCAUGGGUACUGAUCUAGGAAAGUUAAUGAAAAUGGAGAGACUGUCAGAGGACAGGGUCCAGUAUCUGGUUUACCAGAUGUUGAGAGGACUUAAAUAUAUCCAUGCUGCUGGAAUCAUACACAGGGAUCUCAAACCGGGCAAUCUGGCAAUAAAUGAGGAGUGUGAGCUUAAGAUCCUGGAUUUUGGUCUAGCACGACAAGCAGACAGUGAAAUGACGGGCUAUGUUGUGACACGUUGGUACAGAGCACCUGAGGUCAUUCUUAGCUGGAUGCAUUACACACAGACUGUGGACAUCUGGUCAGUCGGAUGCAUCAUGGCAGAGAUGCUGCUAGGGAAACCACUGUUCAAAGGAAAUGACCACCUGGAUCAGCUGAUGGAGAUCAUGAAGAUUACAGGGACGCCCACAAAAGAGUUCACGGCCAAACUACAGUCUGAAGAUGCUAGACACUACAUAACAAAGUUACCAAAACUUAGAAAGAAAGAUCUUCGGACAUUGUUACCAAAUGUUAACCCACAAGCGAUUCAUGUGUUAGACAGCAUGCUGCUCUUGGACCCUGAAAGUAGAAUAACAGCGGCAGAGGGACUGGCUCUUCCUUUCUUCUCUGAGUUUCGUGAACCAGAGGAGGAGACCGAGGCCCCACCAUAUGAUCAUUCUCUGGAUGAGGCAGAGCAGUCAGUGGAGCAGUGGAAAAAACUCACCUUCACAGAAAUUCUGACCUUCCAUCCAUCACCAGCGGUGGCAGAAUCUAAAGAGACGGCUCUCUGAGAUUGCUUAUUUUUACAUCAUCAAGGCUUUACAUUUUAUUUGUA